CUUGGAUAGAGGAGAAGGAAACACAUUGAGUAUAGUGUAGGGUUUUCUUUUGAAAAAAAGAAAGAAAGAAAGAUGAAUUUUAUGGCCUCUGAGUGUAGUAGUGGGUGUGAGUCUGGUUGGACUAACUACUUAGAACAAUCUUUUUUAUCUUCAAAUCCUUCAAAGAAAAAAAAUGGGUUUAAAAAGAGUGGUUUUUGUGAUGAACAUAGAGAGAUUAAUAGAGGUAAACAAAAGGUUGAUGAUGAUGUUGAAAAUGAUGAUGAAGAAGAAGAAGAAGACCUUUCCAUGGUUUCAGAUGCAUCUUCAGGUCCUCCACAUUUCUAUGAAGAUGAUAACAAAUUAUACCAUGAAUACAUGGUACCCCAAACUGGUACUACAUUUAACAAAAAUGGUGGUAAAAGACAUAGGAACAAGGAACAACGAAGAAGACAGCAUGAGCAGCAGGUACAUGAAGAAAUUGACACCGCAAGCUCUCCUUACAUCAAUUACUCCAAGAAGAGUUUUGUUGGCACCAAUAAUCAAGCUCCAAUGGGGUUCUCUGCAACACACUUUGAGGGAGGAUCACAAUUUGAGGGUCACUUUGGGUUUUUUCAGUCUUCUUCUCCAUCUCCUGACCAGCUACAAAAUAACCAGUGGCUUUAAGAAAAUCAAAGAGCAUGGAGUUGGAAAUUUGAGAUUAAAGCAAUGGAAGUGAGUGGUCGCCAUAAGUCAAAGAAUAAAGAUCUCAAACAGGAUUUUAUUUUAUUUUUUUAUAAUGGGUAGGGUAGGAGUUGUUCAGGAAUCAAAUUUAGAAGUAGUGUUAACCCAGUACUGGCAAUUGCAAUGGGAAAUAAAUUUUGUUUCAGUGUUUGUUUUCU